AUGGCCUUCCUUCGUGGGGUGUCUGACCGCAUCUGGAGUUAUAUGAGCCCUCGUAAGACCCAGCAACGGCGAGACAAACCCUACGCUUUCAAGAAACCCGCGGUACCUACUCGGACCACAGAUGCUCAUCAAGCGGCUGCCAAACCCGUGAUCACGGAGGAAAGCUCGGAUGCGCCAGUCAAGACUCGAGAUCCACGCUCACCAAGUCCUCAAUGCGACAUCGAUGCGACACUUUUGCCUCCCUCUCCGCCCGCUUCGGCCAUGCUCUCCGAUGACCUAGAAGGUGAUACGCUGUUGCCUUUGUCGCCCAUUACACCCGGUCAGAGGGCGGAGGGCUCCUCACUGGACGAGUGGGAUGCGAACGAGGAGACCAUGGUGGUGGAUGACGGAACAUAUAUGGACCAGCAAAAGAACAUCAAUGCUGAAGAGGAGCGAAGGAGAAGAGAUCAGCAGGGCCAGGAAUUACGUGAUUCUGGCUGGUCUGAGGACGCUGUGUUUCUUUUUCAGAAGCUAGGGAUGCGCGGUUUCGAGCCUCUCCUCCCCAUUGGGUGGAUCAACGAUUUCGAAACUCUGCCCGAAGACCUUUUUACUGAAAAUCUUGACAAGGCCUUUAUUAAACCUGCCUUCGGCACGGAAUACGGCGCACAACAUGCUCUUAACAAGCUCUUCGAUCUUGGAGGUUUCGUACGAGAUGCCUGGCACACGCGAGCAAAGCGGACCCCAGCAUUUCAGAUCGGUAAGGCAGUGAAAGCAUUCACCAAGUGGGCAAUGAAAGACGGUAAAGUUGACCAUCUUUGGUCUCAACUUCCGCUGUUCCAGACUGUCACUUUCUCUCGACACGUACAUCCAAGUGUAGGUGAGGAGAAAAUGCUCGAGAAGCUUGGCCGCCUGCACGACCUAUGGUACGACGCUUUGAAAAUCGGCGAGGCUGAGCAACGCGGAGACUCUGUUGUACCGGAAGUGCCCACACUCUACGGAAUCACAGCAUCGCAUUCCGUCAUGGCAUUCGUCAGCUAUGCUCCCGGCAACAGCAAUAGGGAUCAGCCCCAACUUCGACUGAUCGCUAUGUUUGACUUCAACAAGGAGGGAUACGACGUCUGGAACUCACUUGCCAUCGCCAUCUUUAUCAUCCACUGCAGGAACAGGAUGAUGCAGUUGAGCGAGUGCCUCUCGGGACCAGAUACUUUAACAGAGGAAGACCCUGAUCUUUGA